UGCUAUCACAAUGCAGUGUUAGAUUACUGUUCGACGAUAGCACCCGAGCAUUGUGCUUGGAACUUGCUUCUACGAGCAACACGCAAUUUAUACAACGACGUUCUCGCGGUCGAACAAUUUUCGAAUAUUAUUUCAUUGAACGAAGAAGUGCAAUAAAAUUCGUGAAUCUUCUAUUAUUCAUCAUGGAGGAAGUACAUGCAUCAAAUCUAGUUGAUGCGAUGCAUAUCGACAGCGACAAAACCACUACCAGUUUCGUAAAAAAAGCACCAAAAAUUAUGAGAUACUCGUUGGCCGAUUCGGCCGAUGGAUUGAGCAGUGGUAUGGACUAUCACAUCGAGAUGAUUAACAAGGAUGAUAAAUUAAAGGUGUUAAAAUUCUUGAGAAGGUUCUUCUUCAGGGACGAACCGCUCAAUCAGAGUAUUCAAUUGAUUCCGGAAGGCGAGGACAGUACUUGCGACGAAUUGGAAGAUUAUUGCAGCCAUUCAUCGUUUGAAAAUAACUUGAGUCUAAUGGCAGUUACUGCGAGUGGUGCAAUAAUUGGUGUUCUGCUCAAUGGUAAAUCAGAGCCUCCACCGGACGAAGAGCCAGAAUACAUAGAGUCAUGUAAAAAUGCAAAAUUUAAAAAAAUACUGAAGCUACUGCAUUAUGUAGAUAAAAAUGUGAAUGUGAGUGGACGAUUUCAAAAUUUAAACGUCUUGGAGAUCAAAAUAAUUUCAGUAGAUACAAAUUGGAGAGGAAAAGGCGUUGCAAAGGCUCUCAUAGAAAAAACGCUAGAAAUUGCAAAGGAGCAAGGAUUUCAUUAUGUUAGGGCGGAUUGCUCGUCUUCAUUCUCCGGCAAACUUUGUGAACGAAUUGGUUUUGACACGACAUACAAACUCAAUUAUAGCGAUUACGUGGAUGAAGAAGGAAAACCAAUCUUUUCACCUUCUUCGCCUCAUACAGCAGUCGUCAGUUAUAUAAAGAAAUUAUGAAGAGAAUAAGAAAGAAAUUAAAAAAAGAGAUUAAAUUAAAAAUUGAAAUUAUAAUGAAAAGUUGAUUCUUGAAAACGAUAAUAAGUUUAAUUUGACAAGAAAAUAUUAAAGAUAUA